AUGUCUAAAGAAGAAAUCGAUAUCACCACCCAAGCCGUUCAAAACGAGGAAGAGGGCUCACUCAGAUACGCUGCCUACGCCAAUAGAUUCAGAACCAUCCUUUUGGCAUCUCACAGAUACGUUGCCUACACUUCUGAUAUCGGAGAAUCUUUCCGUCCAGUGGCACAUCCAUACUUGGUGACCUUAGGUUAUGGUGUCUCAUGGGCAUAUUUGAUUGGUGAUGUUGGAUACGCCGCUUGGAAGGCAAAGUUGAAGAAUGAGGGCCGAUUCUUCCCUGGUCUCAAACCAUGGAACUAUCCAUACCCUCCCCCCAAUAAGGCAAUUGCUGAAGCUUACAAAAACGAUCCUGCUGAGGAGACUGAAUGGAAGACGGUUGCUGUCAAGAGAGGUAUUUUCCAGAGUUUGGCCUCCAUGGCUUUACCUGCUUUCACCAUUCACUCUGCAGUGAGAUACUCCUCAAUUCUCUUCAAGAACUUCAAGUCAAAGCCAAUUAAAACAUAUGGACCAGUGGCAAUCGGACUAGGAAUUGUUCCCGUGUUGCCAUACCUUUUCGAUGAACCGGUAGAAAAGGCUGUUGAGUGGGGUUUUGAGCAGGCAGAACACUUCUACAAAGAGAAAUUGGAGUAA